AAAUGAACAUGUCGGGGGCGGGCGACUUUCUUGAAAAAGUAUUUCCUUUUAUAUUUUCUUAUUUCGCUGGUGGGAACGUCGCGUCGGUGGUGCUCGUGCGCCGUUCACCAAGGACCUGCGCACGUGCACCGGCCUGGCGGAGCGAUGGAAAUCAAUAAUUUCCAGGGUAUAAAAGGUCCUGUUUCCGUAACGUGGCCACCUCUUUGAGUUCCGGUGAUCGGUGUGUCGCGCACCUCGGCUUCGAACGUGUUUAGUGGAUUCUUCUUCGUUUACGAUUUAUCAGUUUCAUCGAAGAGGUAUACAAGCAGGAUUGACAGGUGGAAUUGUUUUUUUAGAUUGAAAAGCAGCGACACAGUGUCUUAUUUCUACGUAAGGUGUUUCUAUUCUGCCAAAGAUCUUUCACCAGGUACAUCUAAGUAUAUAUAUCUAGCUGAUAACGAUCGCAAUUCUGUAGGAGUGGUUUCAGAAUGCAAAUAUAAACGAUACGAAGUUGUUGAGAAAGGAAACUCGAGCGUUUGUGCUUUCAUAAUAAUAUUCAUAAAUAAGUGGCGAUAUUCCGGCCAUGACGUUGCGAUGUAAUUAAGUUGCUCGAGUUGAACGAGCAAUUUCGGGGAAAGUAAAUAUUCAAAUGCUAUUAUCUCGAAGCUACAAGCGAACCGUAGAUGCUCCUACAAUUCCGUAUUCACGGAAUAAGCAAAUAGAAGGUACUCGUCUACACUGUCGUUCAAAAAUACAGUACAACUCCAUUUAUCUAAACUGUAUUUGUUGGAACGAAAUUUCAGUUAAUUUUACCUGAUUUAAUAGAAUCUUUGCCAAUCGAAAUUACUAAUUUGAACAUGAGCUUCUAUCGUGCGAAAGAAAAAUAGAUAGUAAGCAGAUAUUGAUGAACUCUAUUAUAUAUGGACUACCAUUUAAUUUUCAAUACGUAAAUACCAUUUAUUUAAACCCUUUUCUUCUUUCUUCUUGUAGGGAAAAACAAUUGAUGCAACGAUAUACAAUUCGAAAUAGAAUGAAAGAAACGAAUUAGUUAGUCAAUUGGAGGAACAAUUAAACGGGGACGUGGUUGCGCAGCAAAUUUUUCUUGCCGGUUCGCAGAAGACGGUACUCGUUAGGCCAGCGAAUUAGAGCGAAAACUUCAAAAACUGGCAAGGUAAUAUCCUAGGGACGUGAGUAUCGAGACGAUCCUUCUAACGAUGGCUCGCAGCGAUGUCCACAGAGGGAGGAGACACAGGACUAGACGUUCGGACGAGACAGGUAGCGCGAGAGGAGGCCGUCGGCCUCGACUGUUCUCCAAGAGGUCGACCCACUUCGCCCAAAGGCGAGAGGGACCGUACUGAUCGUAGACGGUGAAUCGAUUUCCGUGGAAAAGUCAACAGGUGAAUCAUCCAAAAGGCGUCCAGUCAUCCAGUCAGACUGGAUUCGACUGGAUUUCACCUUUCGACCAGAAGAACAGACACACGGGGUGGUUCCUCGGAGUUCAGUGGCACAUGUGAUCGUGAUCAAAGAAGAUCCAGUGUCUGGGUUCUCGCGGGGACCAGAGGUUUUUGUCGAGGAUCCUGGAUCCAGAGGAAUGGAUGAAGAAUGAAGAAAGGGUGAAUGCUCCGCUUCGCAGAACGUGAGAGCUGCUUCAAAUCGGGAUCAGGAUGCGGUGGAUCGGUUACGUGGCCACAAUUCUCUGGUGGUCGGGCAUCGCCAGGUCCCUCAGUACGCUGAAUCGAGGUCACAGUUACAAAAUCACCCCGAAACCCUGUCGAGUCCCCGGGCCAGAGUCCAAAGAAGGCACGUGCAUGUUCGUGUGGGAGUGCAUUAAAUCAGAGGGCACGCACGUGGGCGUGUGCGUGGACACGUUCAUGUUCGGCAGCUGUUGUGUGCACAAUACGACAACGAACGCGAUCACCGCGUCCAAUCUUCAACACCACCAACAUCAGUACCAUCAACACGCUUCAUCCUCCUCAUCUGAUCCAUUGAGACCAACCCUAGCGGAGGCACUGGGCAACGAAUCGACCAGGCCAACGUUGACCUCCCUCUCCAGCUUCCUCGUCACGGACUCGAGCACCGCUAGACCGAGUCACCAUCCAUCCGAGACGCCGGUAUCUUCCGGAGGGUCCAGCAGACCGCACAAACCGCUCUCGGCCGGUUCCGCUAGGCCGCUGCAAAAAAGACCGCACGCGAAACCCACGUCCGAUCACAAGGACAGAAUUCAAACUUCGGCGGUGCCUGCCUCGUCGAAUUUCUGGGAGAAGGGCUCUCAGAGCACGAAGAGACCAGGUUCGUCAGAAUCUUGGGACAAAGGGUCUCAGAGCACCAAGAGACCUGGAUCUGGAUCCUCGGUUCAUUGGGAGAAAGGAUCUCAAAGUACUAGGAAACCUAUAUCCUCGGAUCUGUGCGAGAAAGGAUCUCAAAGUACUAGAAGACCUGGAUCCUCUGAUCUGUGCGAGAAGGGAUCUCAAAGUACUAGGAGACCUGGAUCUUCCGAGCUUUCGGAAAAGGGAUCUCAGAAUACUAGGAGACCAGGAUCUUCCGAGCUUUGGGAGAAAGGAUCACAGAAUUCGAAAAGACCUGGAGGUGUUUGGGAGGAUAGUAGUCAGAAUACGAAGAAACCUGGUCAUCAUGACUCCUUGAAUAUUCAGAAGACAAGACCGGAAAGUGGUCAGCAUACAAAUAUCAAAGAGAAAGAUACGACGCAUGGAAGUUUUCAGAGUCAUCUUCAGGGAUUCAAGGAUAAGGUGGACACUGGACACAAUACAUUGGUGAUUAGAUUACCGGCGAAAGAACAUGCUUCCAGUGAAGGUGAAGGUAUAAGGCACAAUAGGCCUAACAACCAAAGACCGUCCGAGUCGAGACCGGAUGAUAGUAAGACCGGGGAUGCUGAUUUGAGCGUGCAAGAGUCGAUACAUAGACCCAGUGUUAAUUCAGUCGAUGAAAAUGAAUCUGUCAAGGACCCUCAUCCAAGUUUGAACUUCAUUCAUACGGAACGUCCACAAUGGGCGACCAAACCAGUAUCCCCGAAACCUACAACAGACUUCUCGAAACCAUAUUUUUCGAUAAAAACGACCACCACCUCUCGACCGAUUCUGAUGAACGAUCAGCCAGAUACCAGGCCGAAUUUCAUCUCAAAACCCAAUAGUCCCAGCACGGUUACGAAAACCUCCACCACUGUCAGACCGACAUAUUUCAGUCAACAGUCCACUACCAGCGCAGCCGGAUCCUUGCCACAGACCUCUCACUGGCAUGUGACCACAGAGCCCGUGUUCGUCACGAAGCAAAGACCGUUGUCGUCCACAAAGCCGAUGGGCUCACCCGAGACUACUAAACCUUUGACCAGCAGUUCGCAUUUCUGGUCGGAAAACAGUUGGACGCCGCCGAGACCGUCCUUGAAACCGCACUGGACUGACAAUCCUAGCCUUCUUCAGAACGGGCCCGAAGCAUUUCCACCGCGGCCGAGUUUCAAACCGACCGAACCGCAUGAAAACACGGAGUUUCAUAAACCGCUUGGCGCAGCACACUACAUCACCACGUCUCACUUUGAGACUUCUGCUAGGCCUAGACCCACAAAGAAGACUACCACUUCUACGACAACUACCACUAGUACCACUACAACUACUACCAGUACGACCACGACCACGACCACCACGACCACCACGACCACUCCAAAACCUGACACGACAGUGUCUACGACCGAGGCAGUCGCGAAAACUGGAUCGGUGUUAACCGUGUCUGCCGCGACUGAAAGCAAGGGUAUGCAGUGCGGAGUACCGCCCCUGUUUCCAAGACCGGAGACCAGGAUCGUUGGAGGCAAGGACGCACCGUUCGGUCGAUGGCCUUGGCAAGUAUCUGUUAGGCGUACUUCGUUCUUUGGCUUCUCCAGUACUCAUCGAUGCGGAGGAGCGGUGCUGAACGAGAACUGGAUCGCGACUGCGGGACACUGUGUAGACGACCUGCUGACCUCGCAGAUCCGGAUUAGAGUGGGCGAGUACGAUUUUUCGUCUGUGCAAGAACGAUUGCCUUACGUUGAGCGUGGAGUUGCGAAGAAGGUGGUGCACCCGAAGUACAACUUCUUCACUUACGAAUACGAUCUGGCGUUGGUUAGAUUGGAAAGCUCAUUGACGUUCGCGCCGCAUAUUUCGCCGAUUUGCCUGCCAGCCACUGACGAUCUUUUGAUCGGCGAAAAUGCGACUGUCACCGGCUGGGGAAGAUUGAGCGAAGGUGGUACACUACCUUCUGUGUUGCAAGAGGUUUCCGUGCCCAUAGUGAGUAAUGAUAGGUGUAAGUCAAUGUUCCUGAGGGCUGGGAGACACGAGUUCAUACCAGAUAUUUUCCUGUGCGCCGGAUACGAAAGUGGAGGCCAAGAUUCUUGUCAGGGUGAUUCGGGUGGUCCUCUCCAAGUAAGAGGGAAAGACGGUCGGUACUUCCUCGCUGGCAUCAUAUCCUGGGGAAUUGGUUGCGCGGAGGCCAAUCUGCCAGGCGUGUGUACCAGGAUCUCCAAGUUCGUACCAUGGAUCCUGAAGAACGUCACUUGACCCGGUUUCCAAAUAACCAUUUGCCACAGGACCUUGUCGACAGCUUGCGACGAACCGACUGUCCGAAUAGGAGUUCCAAGCGUAACUCUGCACGUUUCUUCGAUUUCUUAACCGAGGGGUAACCAGGAGAUUGCACGAAUCACUGCCAAAUACGUAAGACUUGUCGAAGAAAACGGGACUCGAGCAGGAAUGGUUCUCGUUCUUCUUCGAAGACGAAAAAAGCAGGAGAGAAAAAAGGAAUGGUAGAAAAGAAACGAGAGAUAUAAGAUAUAUAUGUAUCUAUACAUUGGAUAGAAGUUUGAGAAACUUCUAUCUUAAAGACUGCUACUCGGAAAGCGAAGCCAAUCAAACACAGACCGCGCGAGACUGUGGAGAUCGUUAUGGAACGAUAAAAAGAAAAUCACGCGCGUAGGACUGUAUUUAUAUAUAUAAAUAUACAUAUAAAUAUAAGUAAGAUAAUAAUAUAUUUCUCAGCCGCGAACGAACCGCGUGUUCGUCUGCCAGUUUUUUGCUAGCCUGUACAUGAAUAUAUAAAAAGAAAGGAAGUCUAAGCGGAGAAAUAGCUAACGGCUUGACGUUGAAACGCCACGUUAAAGAAAGGACGUAAAUAAUUAAAAGACGCGGUUUCAACUGCAAGCCCUAUGAUUAUGCAUCUAUCUUACUCAAAUUGUAUAGCGAAUUCUGUAAAAUGCUAAGUUCUUGCCCAUCGCCCUUAAUAAUCGUCUAUUAAUCGAAAAGCUAAAUUAAUCUUCUCUCUCUCUCUUUCUCUCUCCCUCUCCCUUCGUCACUCUUUUUCUCUCUCUUUUUCCCUUCUUUAUUUACAACGUACGGAUAUUUUUGUACAGACAUCGUGUACUUAAAGGUAGGUGUGUGCGAACUAGGAAAGAUCUAAUAAAUAUAAAUAUAUAUAUAUGUGUGUAAUUGUUUAUAGAUAUAUAACGAUAUUUAUAAGUAUGUCAAAUAAACAUAUGUGUUUAUUACUA